AUGGAAGAGAAAGAGAAGAAAAUCAAGAUAAGCAAGAGCAAUACAACAACAACAAACCACAAGAAGCAAAAACACCAACACCCAAAUGACCAAACCACCAAAACAACACCACCAACAUCAUCGGAUUUCUCCUUCAAGCCAAGCUCCGACGUAAAGGGCGUCCGUUUCGGCGGCCAGUUCAUCGUCAAGUCCUUCACGAUCCGCCGUGCCCGGCCCCCAGAGAUCCUCCAGCUCCUCUCUUUCCCGCCAACCAAACACAACAAAACUCCCUUUCCUUCGACGGUUGCCUAUCUCCCAACCAACUUCACGAUCCUGGCCCACCACGCGUGGCACACGCUCACGCUGGGGCUGGGCACCAAGAAGAGCAAGGUCCUGCUCUUCGUGUUCGAGUCGGAGGCGAUGCGGUCGGCCACGGUGGACCCCCUCUGGCCGACCGAGAUUCCGCUCGGAGAGGUCAACAAGAGGUUCAUAAGGGGUUUGGCUGGGAGCGAAAUGGCGAGGUUUAAGUUCAGAAAAGGGUGUUUGACUUUCUACGUUUAUGCAGUCAGAAGAGUCGGCAGUUUGGGAUUCUCUUGUGCCGAAGAUCUGAGGACGAUUCUGCAGUCUGUCGUGGCUUUGAAGGACUUCUUGGAUCAUACGGCUAUGCUCGCUUUGCCUAACCAGAGAAGUAUUAACUAUGCUAAUUCUCCUCAUCCUGUCGCCAUGGCUCAUUAGAUCAGACUUUGAGUUUUUUACCCCUUUUUUUUGGUUAUUAUUG